AGAGGAGGCUCUUCUGAGGCUGCUGCCAGUGGUCAAAGCCUCCAACAAAGCUCUAUUGAGUGGCUGCAACCUCUCAGAAAGAAGCUGUAAAGCUCUGUCCUCAGUGUCCUCGUCUAGUCUGAGAGGGCUGGAUCUGAGUAACAACAUCCUACAGGAUUUGGGGGUGAAGUAUCUGUCAGUUGGACUGGAGAGUCCACACUGUACUCUGGAAACGCUGAGUUUAAGGAGCUGUAACCUAUCAAAGGGAAGUUGUGAAACUCUGUCCUCAGUUCUCAGCUCCAAGUCAUGUAACCUUAAAGAGCUGGACCUGAGUAACAAUGACCUGCAAGAUUCAGGCAUGAAGAUUCUGUCUGUUGGACUGAAGAGUCCACACUGUACUCUGGAAACUCUCAGUCUCUCAGGUUGUCUGAUCACAGAAGAAGGUUGCACUUCUCUCCUGUCAUCUGUAAACUCUAAAUCCUCCUGUCUGAGAGAGCUGGACCUGACGUACAAUUAUCCAAGCAAAACAUUGUUGAAGCAGCUAUUUAUUACAGUGGAGGAUAUGCACUGUGCACUUGACAUGCUCAGGGUGGAGCCUACUGGAGUCCAAUGGUUAAGACCAGGUCUGAGGAAGUAUUCCUGUGAACUUACACUUGAUGUUAACACAGCACACAGAAAGCUCAAACUGUCUGACAACAACAGGAAGGUGACAUGUGUGAAGGAGGAUCAGUCAUAUCCUGAUUAUCCAGACAGAUUUGACUUCUGGAAGCAGCUGUUGUGUAGAAGAGGUCUGACUGGUCGCUGUUACUGGGAGGUUGAAUGGAGAGGGAAGGUUGAUAUAUCGGUAAGUUACAGAAGAAUCAGAAGGAAAGGUGACAGUGGAGACUGCAAGUUUGGAUGGAAUGAUCAGUCCUGGAGUCUGAGCUGCUCUGAUGGAUGUUACUCUGUCUCACACAAUAAGAUAAAAACAUCCAUCUCCUCCUCCCCUUCCUCCUCCUGCUCCUCCUCUGUCUCUAAUAGAGUAGCAGUGUAUGUGGACUGUCCUGCUGGCACUCUGUCCUUCUACAGAGUCUCCUCUGACACACUGAUCCACAUCCAUACCUUCAACACCACAUUCACUCAAACUCUUUAUCCUGGAUUUGGAGUCUGGGCUGAUUGGUGUGAUUCCUCUGUAUGUCUUUACAAAGAAGUGCAAACUCCUUUUGGAGAAUCCCUCACUGUUGAUGAAAUGGUUCUCUCUGUACAGGAUUGAACACAGCAGCAUUGAUUAUUAAGUUAGACGCACCGGCACAAAAUUUAGGCGCACUCAAAUUUUUCAACCGCAUCGCUUAACACCGCAGUUUUACAUGUGCACUUGUUUGGGGGGGAAGUUGCAGUCCAUACAGACAAUAUUAAUUUCUAAAUUAUUAACUAACAAUCUUGU